UUAUUAUAUCAUUACUAUUACAUAUUAUUAUAUUAUUUGUGUAUAAUUACUUUAGGCUUUUAUUCCAACGUCUCUGAUGCCACUAGUCAUUAUUACUUGUAUCACUUUCGUUUUGGGUUGCCUUAAAACAAGCUUGGGGUCGUUAUUUAGUAAAAUAAAAACUAAUGCUGAUGAAUAAUAAUAAUAAUAAUAAUAAAAAGCGAUGAAAAUAUAAAGGGUUACUGUGAGAUGAGAAUGUCAUUAAAUGAAUACAUGGAUAUCUCAAGCAACUAAUACUUAAACAUAAUCUAUUUUGACAGAUCAUUAAUAAAUGUAUACAUUUCUAUUUCAGCAACAGCUUGAAUUUUCAAUUCACCAUUAUUGUGUUUAAAUUUUCAUGUCUUACUGGUUGUAUAACGAUCCGCAUCUAUGGUUUAGAAUAAAUUGCUCUUCAAUAUCAAGUGUUUCCCGCUCUCUUAAAUUAAGUCGUUUCAAUCAAUAUGGCAACCCGUUAGGGAACCGCCCCUUUAAAAAAUUACAGCCCCGUUUUAGGUUUAAAAGAAGACAGCUGCUCAUACCUCUUACUCAAUGUCAUCCUCUGAGCUGUUGGCUGCUGAUCGUUUACCUUCUGUCAAGAAUCUCACCCUAAAUUCACAACAGACAUGAAACUCAUCCAGCGGAUACUGUGUAAGGGCCUACUCAUCACCACUUUAUUAUACAUCACUGAGGGACAAAAAUCAGGAUGUGAGGAGUGGACACCGAGUGAUCUUCAUGACAUCUGCUGUGAACGAUGCAGUCCAGGGUACCAUGUGGUGGCGCGUUGUGGAAAAGACCUUCAUAAACUCUGCACACCAUGUGAACCUAAUUCUUACACACUUAAUCCAAGAGCUUCGUUCUGCAACAGAUGCACUCAGUGUAUAGAUCCGCAGGUCGAGGUGAAACCCUGCAGUGGCAGCGCGGACACUGUGUGUGGGUGCAUACCUGGAUUUCGCUGUGGAAAUGAACAGUGUAGAUACUGUGUUGAGGAGUGCCCAGAGGGUCAAGAGCCAACAAAUGACCGUACUUGCAGAAAAUGCCCAGAGGGAACCUUCAAUAAUAAAACCCACAGCCCUUGUAAACCAUGGAGAAAAAGCUGUUCUGAAGGAGAGUACAUUAUUGCCAGAGGUAAUGAAUUCAGUGACAUUAUCUGCAGCAGGAUACCAGUGAUCACUCCUUCAGCCCCAAAAGAAACCACCACCCCGAAAACCACUGAGAGAACAAAGACAGACGAUAACUCUAUAUAUCCGUUAAUUGGAUUUUUUGGUGGCAGUUCUGCACUCAUGAUCAUUUUCAUUUUAUUGCUGUGGCUCACCUACAAAAGAACAAAAAGCAAGAGCAAGGACCCCAAGCCAGAUACUCCAACCCAUGGAGAGCUCACUAUUAUGAUGGUGGAGCAUGAAGAAGCCUGCAGCUUCCAUCAGCCGGAGCAGGAGCAAGGUGGCAGCUCGGAGUCCAUCAACACGCAAGACUCGGAAACAAAACUCAUUGUGUGAGCUCUGUGGAUUACUUUGUGCAGUCUUUCCUCAUGCUGGGAUAUUAAACAUGGUGCUGUGCAUGUUUUAUACACAGAACCCUCUUUUUGGUGCAGUCUUGAGAUGGAGCUUUGGACAGAGCUACAGGUGAAUUUCUUGGUAUACUAUUUACUUAUGGAAGGAUGUCCUAGCAUGACCUACUUCAAAUAAAAGUAGCAGGAGAACAUGGCAAAUGCUGACUUGAGACAUUUUGUGCAAGAUAAAGCAGCUAGAGAGAGACAGACUUGCUUGCUGCUUGGUCACGUAGGAGUCUAAAUGUGAACCCUUGACACUUCUUAUAGAUGUGGGCGUCUCCUACAGACUAUUGCGUCACACUUCUAAGUGACAGGCUUCUUGAAAUACCCUGGUGGGCUUCCCCCGGUUUCCUGCUUUAAAUGGCACUAUUUUAAAUGUCUCGUUUUAGAGACCUGGACACGGUUUGGGGGAAGAUGACUGAAAAACAUUUGGUUAAAAUAGCAAAACUUCCUGGCACUGGCAAAAACGUUCUUCUUAUCUUCUGAGAAGAUGAUUUUGCAAGCACCUCAUGAAAUCCACAGCACCAAGACUCUGGUGCUGAUCUGACAGCUUGUAAAUAUGAUGUUUUAAAAUUGUGUAAUAUGCAAAGGGAGUUUUGAAACUUUCUGGAACAAGCCCCAGGGAAGCUGUGCCCUAUGUGCAGGGUUUUCCCUGAGAGGACUUGUGUGGUAUAGAUCAGUGAGAAGCACAGGAGCAAAAGAGGAUUCGGGAGAAACUAAACUAACCAAACUACCCCUGCUCUUUAUAAAAAUAAUAAAUAAAUAAAUAAAUAAACAGAAGAAAAGCUUUCUUCAGGCAAAAUUGGCUAUAUCACAGACCAAGAAAGUGAAACUGAACCCGAUACUAAGCCUGUAAUCAUGAUAUUCAUUGGUUUUGUAAUAUUUACUACUCCCGGUGAGUCAAAGGACUAAAGAUUGCAUGACUCAUAUGCCAUGACAGUACUCAAUAGCAAACAUUCCAUUUUAAUUAAUCAGUAUGUGCCUGUGAUUCACCUGAGCUAAAAUUCAACUUCCCUUUUCGUUGGCACCCUGGAAUGAUCUCAGUUCUCUUCAAGGUAGUUUCUCUUAGGAAAUCCACCCACACCCUAUAGCUCUGCUAAUUUCAGAUGAUGACAUCUAGGGUUUUAACUUUAAUAUCAGCAAACACAACCAGUCAGGAAUACACCAGUGAAUGCUUUACUGAGAAUGCUAACUGGAAUGCGACACUUAAAUGGAUCUGUUGUCUCAACGAGGACACAAUGAGCUCCAGGACAAUGGGUCAUGCUCCAGCACACUUAACCGUCACUGUUCAAGUCAUAAUAUCAAAUAUAAUACCAAAUCCAUGUUGAAACUUAUUAUACUGUGCUGAUGCCACUUAAUGUUAUACAGUUUGUUAGCCAAAAUGUUUGUGCAAUAUUAUUUGUGUCAAAUAAAAAUGUUUAUAAAAAACAGUUUUCUUCU